CGAGCUGCCGGCCCUGUCCAUGCAGGUGCGGUGUCCGUGCCUCUGGCGAAGGAAGGGAAGGAGGGGUAAAGGCAGGGGAGGGACGGGCAGGGAAGCCGGUGAUUGACAGCUCAAAGUGGGCGCCGCUCCACUCACAUAUCCGCCGCCAAAGUUUUCUUUCACACGGAGAGAACUUUCUGUUGCCAUGAAACUCGGGGGAUUCGCAAGCGCCGUCCCCUUUUACCCACCCUCCCCUCCUUUGGGGCAGCCGAGUGGAAAAGCUCAAGUGGCAGCGGGGUGGGUGUAGGUGGGGAUGGCCGGGAGUGCCCGGCCGGCAGCCACCCAUCCCGGCCCCUCUCCCACCGCCAGCCGUGCCCGAUCCCAGCAGGGCAGUGCAGAUUCUCCCCCAGGCGACAGCUCAGAAGUGGAAGAGCUCAACUCGUCCAUCCUUUCCCCGCCCCUUCAUCCGCUCCGGGGGUGCGUCCGUGCACCGCGGGCUCCCUGGGGCUCCACGCAGCCUCUCCGAGCCCGGCACGGGGCUGAGCAUCCCCGGGAGCCCCAAACCUCUUUGUGCUCCCGCUGGCAGCGCAGCGCUCCGCCCCGCUCCUGCUCCCCGCAGGGCACCCCCGGCCCGCUGCUCUCCCCCGGCCCGGCCUGGCCGCAGCUGCGGAGCCGCUCAGCCCCGGGGCAGCUGCGGGAGGGGCCCGGCCGCGGCAGCCCCGAGCCCGGGCGCCUCCGCCCGCCCCCCCGGCCGGUCAUUCCCGGCCCGGGGCUGUCGGGAACCGCUCGCUGAUUGGCCGCCGCCCCCUCAUUUAUAGCCCGUCAAUCACGGACCCCCGCGAUCCGUGCGAGCAUCGCCCGCUGCCGCCCGCGGGAGCCGCUCCGCUCCGCAGCAGCUCCGGCACCUCGGGGAGCGGCGCUUCUGCCAGGCACGAAAACUUCCUCCUUCUCUCGCGGCAGCCGCCCAGGCAGGUUUUUUCUAUUUUUUUUUUUCUUUUUUUUUUUUUUUUUUUUUUUUCUUCCUGAACUUCCUCUCCCCGCCCGGUGCCCGCCUGCCCGCCGCCCUGGCGCACCUUCUGCCGGCCCCGGCCAUGUACAGCAUGCUGGAGACGGAGAUCAAGGCGCCGCAGCCCACGCCGGGCAGCACCGGGGGCAACCCCGCCGCGGGGAGCACCGGCAAAGCCGGCGGGGGCGGCGGGGCCGGCAGCGGAGCGGGAGCGGGCUCGGACCAGGACCGGGUGAAGCGGCCCAUGAACGCCUUCAUGGUGUGGUCGCGGGGGCAGCGGCGGAAGAUGGCCCAGGAGAACCCCAAGAUGCACAACUCGGAGAUCAGCAAGCGCCUCGGCGCCGACUGGAAGCUGCUGAGCGACGCCGAGAAGCGGCCCUUCAUCGACGAGGCCAAGCGGCUGCGGGCCGUGCACAUGAAGGAGUAUCCGGAUUACAAAUACCGGCCCCGGAGGAAGACCAAGACCUUGCUGAAGAAGGACAAAUACUCUCUGCCCGGUAAUCUGCUGGCCCCGGGGGGGGGCAACGCGGUGAGCAGCCCGGUCGGGGUGGGGCAGAGGAUUGACACUUAUGCCCACAUGAACGGCUGGACCAACGGGGCUUACUCGCUGAUGCAAGACCAGCUGGGCUACAGCCAGCACCCGGGCAUGAACAGCCCGCAGCUGCAGCAGAUGCACCGCUACGACAUGACGGGCCUGCAGUACAGCCCCAUGAUGUCCACGGCGCAGACCUACAUGAACGCCGCCUCCACCUACAGCAUGUCCCCCGCCGCCUACGGCCAGCAGCCCUCCACGGCCAUGAGCCUGGGCUCCAUGGGCUCCGUGGUGAAAUCCGAGCCCAGCUCGCCGCCUCCGGCCAUCACUUCGCACUCGCAGAGGGCCUGCCUGGGAGACCUGCGGGAUAUGAUCAGCAUGUACCUGCCCCCCGGCGGGGAUGCCACAGACCCUUCCGCCCUGCAGGGCAGCAGGUUACACAGCGUGCACCAGCACUACCAGAGUGCCGGGACUGCCGUCAAUGGUACCGUACCACUAACUCACAUAUGAAUAAACUUGGCUGCUCCGGACGGCUCCCCGGCUUAAUCCCUAACCCCACCACCGCUCCCUGACUGCACCGGGAUGUACGGCAGUGUUGCUCGGCUUAGCAGACUUAAUACUAACUCUGGAGAAAUCUUAAAAAGGAAAUCCGUUAGUUGUGUCCUUUUUUUAUUAUUAUUUUUCCUUUUUUUUUUUUUUUUUUUUUUUUUUUAAGAAAUAAUAUUUGAGCACGUUGUUAUUUUAAUAGAGCACAACUCCUGCCUCCUAGACGCCGCUGUGAAGUUUUCGAACCACGGCAACUCCUUUCCUGGUUUCGGCUAGGUUGGGCGCUGUUUUAUUCGCUUAAAAGUUUUUUUAAAAACCUUGCAUCUUCCAGUUUGAUUUCUAGCGUUGCUAUGACAUAAACAAAACCCGCGGGCUUUUGUUUUUAAGCUCGGUUGUUCACAUAAUUACUGUGGUUUAUUAACUGUUUUGUUACCGACCCUCGCUUGGUUUCUAUCCACUAUGUGUAGCUUUCACGACUUUUUAAUUUUGAGGUUUUAUUCCUUGAAAUGGGGAGGUGGGAGAGAGCAGAACUGUGCGGGUCGCAAACGCAUUUCUUUUAUUUAUAGUAAGUUGUGUGUUUUUCUUAAACUGUAAACUUAUGUAAAUGGGUUUGUGAAUUUUACUGUGAACCAUGUUUUGACAUAUCGGAUGAAAAACGUUUUAGUUUUGUUACCGGAUUCCUUCCUUCCAAAAAAAAAAAAAAAAAAAAAAAAAAAAAGUUAUCGAAACACUCCUUCCUUGUUCCUAGUCCUCGUUUGCUCCUUUCUUCCUAACGAAGAGAGAUCAAUAAAUUUUCUAUCGGACGUCGGCGGUGUCCGGGCGGUUUGUGCGGGUCCCCCCGGGGCCGAGCGCAUCCCGGGGCUCCCGCAGCAUCGCGGCCCCUCCGCCCGCUCCGGGCGCUUUUCGGCCGCGUUUCCCCGGCUCUGCCAAGCCGGGCUGUGUUUUGGGGGGCGGGAAAAGGAAAACGCGCUCCUUGCAUUUGGUUUUCUUUCAAAGAGAAGCGGGAGCCGGGCCGGGGAAGCAGCUGCGCUGCCGGGGCUGCCGCUCUGCGAGCCGCGGCCACUUGUUGCCUCUCCGCCCGGCUGCCUUCUCUCGGCCCACGGGGAGCGAAGGGGAUUACAUCUCCGCCUCGGC